CAAUUCAAAGAAAUUAUCAUGUAUUGAUGGUUGAAUAGUACUAUUGAUUUCUACUGCAUGAAAAGAUCCCAGAUUCUUGGCACGCACGUGUAUCGACAAAGUGGUUUCCGUUACUCUACACGUAUUGUCUCUGCUUUGGAUAAUUUGGAAUAGUUUGAAUGACCCACACUAUGGAUCAUGAGGGUCCGAGUUGGAUUUUUUUAAUCCAAUGGGUCUGAUAUCGAUUGUGUUUGUUGCGGUUUGAACCAUGUUCUCCGGGUACCACGGGGUAUGGGUGAAGCGUCGGCAGCUGUUCCUAGCUCUUUUUCCGUUUCGUUUUCGGUGGCCCCACGACACCGGAUCCAUGGUGCGUGCCGUUGGCUGCGGCCCCUCUGCGUUGCCUACACGCUCUCUUCCUUGAUCGGGUCCCCGGGGGCCAAAGCCGGGACCGCGGCCGGGACCACCACCGCCACCGCCUCCUCGGCAGCCUCUUCCCCGCCGGCCCGCGGCUUGCCCCAGCGCUUCUCCCACCGCGCGUGGCGCCCGCUCGCAACAAACCAGGCGAUGCAUCCCGUGACCACGAACCACAUGGCGGAGAGGACAAAGGAGACAACGGCGUAGGCCACCUCGGAGCAGUUGUCGCUUUGUCGGUAGGAGGGAUCGGGAUCGUAUUCCCACGUGUUCCAGGUAAAGGGGUCACACCACGCCAUGUUCUUCCAGACCAAGAGCAUGUAGAUUCCGCCCCCCAGCCCGGCCAGCGCCGCGGUUCCCGAAACCAUCGCCGAGGCCAGGAAUCCGCAUCUGUUCUGGCGGCAGCACCAGAUGAUCUGCAGCAGGAUCAUGACAACGGUGCUCACGAUAAAGGAGACCCACCACACCCAGGACACCAGCACGGUGACUAUGGAUACGAUCUGUGCGGCAAUGAUGUAUCCGUCGUUGUACGGGCUGUGGUUGUUUGCAUUGGUCGGAACGCAUGUGUGCGAGAGAGACAGGGGCAGAACGUAUGUGUGUGUGUGUGAGAGAGAGAGAGAGAGAGAGAGCGAGUGAGUGAAGAUUCACGAGGGUUGUCCGGCACGGUCCGAACGGAAACGAACGAAAGACCAACGGCCCGUCGAAAGAGAUCAAAAGGCAAGAAACCCCGCGCAAAGCCGUCCUUGCUCGAGACUUACAAGCAGAUGCAGGUCGCGCCGCCCUUGCUUCCGCAGCAUUCGUCCAUAUCGACGUCGUCGGCGUAGUCGGCGUUGGUCUUUCUUCGAUCCGCGUUGUCGCAGCAGCA